GGUGAUAUGCAGUUCUAUAAGGUGAUAUGCAGUUCUAUACAGUGAUUUGUAGUUCUGUAAGGGUAUAUGUAGUUCUAUAAGGUGAUUUGCAGUUCUAUACGGUGAUAAGCAGUUCUAUAAGGUGAUUUGCCCCCUGCAGGACCUUUAAGAUCAUGGACGACAACAGCAGCCGCUCUCUGGACCUGAAGGAGUUCCUGAAGGGUCUGAAGGACUACGGAGUCCUGAUGGACAAACAGGAAGCCACCGCGCUCUUCCUACGCUUCGACCGAGACGGCAACGGGACCAUCGACUUCGACGAGUUCCUGCUCACGCUCAGGCCCCAGAUGUCCCGCGCCCGACAGGAAGUGGUUCUGCAGGCGUUCAGGAAGCUGGACCGGACAGGAGACGGCGUGGUGACCAUCGAGGAUCUGAGGGGCGUCUACAGCCCCAAACAUCAUCCCAAGUUCCAGAACGGGGAGUGGAGCGAGGAGCAGGUCUUCAGGAGCUUCCUGGACAACUUUGACUCUCCCAACGACAAAGACGGGAAGGUGACCAGUGAGGAGUUCCUGAACUAUUACUGUGGAGUCAGCGCCUCCAUCGACAGCGACGUGUACUUCAUCCUGAUGAUGAGGAGCGCCUGGAGGCUCUGACGUUCAUUAUCAUCAUUAUUAAUAAUAAUGAAGCAGUUUGUGCCUCUGUUUAUCUGAAUGUAAACACACCAUGACUCGUCACUUUUAAAUUUUAUUAUACCUGUAUAUGCAUCCAUAAAGCUCUAAUAACAACAUUACAAUGACAACCUGAGGAAAUACAGAAUAUGCAUCAUUAACAUCUCUCUGUGGUUAGACACGUGAAGCAGCUUGAAGGUCGUUCGGUAGUAACGACCUUCAACAGAUUAAAAUAAUUUGAUGAAG